AGCGACAGAGGGGGCGCUAACACCAUCUCUGUCCACGGAGCGCCGGACCCCGGUCGGCUCCAGAUUUAUUUUCUGAGUUGAAGUAAAGGCUCCUCUCCCGCUGACGACGCAUUUCUUCUUUAAGAAGACUUUCCCUCCUCGCCCAGCAAGUGCAACUGGCUCGCACCUACCAAGGGUUGGUGCUGGAAAAAGAGUGAACUAUCGACCGACCCAGAAAGCCAGGACGAGAAGAUUCUCUAAAUUCUCGGGCCCAAUAACGCGACACGCCACACAGACGCCCCCAAAUAUUCAGCGGAAUGGGCGGGCCCGGGAAAUGACCAACACCGAAGUCACGUGGCGAAGCUCCUCUUGAAUUUCGCCAAGUCGGCAGUCGACUAUUCGGUCUUGCACGCGCCUCAGGCGGGCUCCGCUGAGAUCGAGUCUUUCGGCGCUCGACUCGCCCGCGCUGCUGCCGCUGCCGAAGGAGGGGCAAAGCUCAAGAUGGCGGACAAAACGCCAGGCGGCUCUCAGAAGGCCAGUUCAAAGACCAGAUCAUCAGAUGUUCAUUCAUCUGGAUCUUCAGAUGCCCAUAUGGAUGCAUCUGGACCCUCAGAUAGUGAUAUGCCAAGUCGGACACGACCUAAGAGCCCAAGAAAGCAUAAUUAUAGGAAUGAAAGUACCCGUGAAAACGUUUGUGACUCUCCUCAUCAGAAUCUCUCAAGACCUCUUCUAGAAAACAAACUUAAAGCAUUCAGUAUUGGAAAAAUGAGUACAGCUAAGCGAACUUUAAGUAAGAAGGAGCAAGAAGAAUUAAAGAAGAAGGAGGAUGAAAAGGCGGCUGCUGAAAUUUAUGAGGAAUUUCUUGCUGCCUUUGAAGGAAGUGAUGGUAAUAAAGUGAAAACAUUUGUGCGCGGAGGUGUUGUUAAUGCAGCUAAAGAAGAACAUGAAACAGAUGAAAAAAGAGGUAAAAUCUAUAAGCCAUCUUCAAGAUUUGCAGAUCAAAAAAAUCCUCCAAAUCAGUCAUCCAAUGAAAGACCACCAUCUCUUCUUGUGAUAGAAACCAAAAAACCUCCACUGAAGAAAGGCGAGAAAGAAAAGAAAAAAAGCAAUUUGGAACUCUUCAAAGAAGAAUUGAAACAAAUUCAAGAAGAGCGUGAUGAGAGACAUAAAACAAAAGGCAGAUUAAGUCGAUUUGAGCCGCCUCAGUCAGAUUCUGAUGGUCAGCGUCGUUCUAUGGAUGCGCCUUCAAGAAGAAAUAGAUCAUCUGGUGUUCUCGAUGAUUAUGCACCUGGCUCACAUGAUGUUGGAGAUCCAAGCACUACUAAUUUAUACCUUGGAAACAUUAAUCCACAGAUGAAUGAAGAAAUGUUGUGCCAGGAGUUUGGAAGAUUUGGGCCCCUGGCCAGCGUGAAAAUUAUGUGGCCCAGAACUGAUGAAGAAAGGGCAAGAGAGAGAAAUUGUGGCUUUGUGGCCUUUAUGAAUAGAAGAGAUGCUGAAAGAGCUUUAAAAAACUUAAAUGGAAAGAUGAUUAUGUCUUUUGAAAUGAAGUUAGGUUGGGGUAAAGCUGUGCCUAUUCCUCCACAUCCAAUAUACAUUCCGCCUUCCAUGAUGGAACAUACGCUUCCCCCACCUCCGUCAGGACUGCCUUUUAAUGCGCAGCCUAGAGAGCGAUUAAAAAACCCCAAUGCUCCCAUGUUACCACCACCUAAAAACAAGGAGGAUUUUGAGAAGGAAUUUGCUCGCCCUGAUACAUCGAAUGAUAGAGUUUGUUGUACGUGAAGGGCCAAUGUUUGAAGCUAUGAUUAUGAACAGAGAGAUCAACAAUCCUAUGUUCAGAUUCUUAUUUGAAAACCAGACACCAGCCCAUGUUUACUAUAGGUGGAAGCUUUAUUCUAUUCUGCAGGGAGAUUCUCCGACUAAGUGGCGGACGGAAGAUUUUCGUAUGUUCAAAAACGGAUCUUUUUGGAGGCCACCACCGUUAAAUCCAUAUCUGCAUGGGAUGUCAGAAGAGCAGGAAACAGAAGCUUUUGUAGAGGAGCCUAGUAAAAAGGGAGCACUUAAGGAAGAACAGAGGGACAAAUUAGAAGAAAUUCUGCGGGGGUUAACUCCAAGGAAAAAUGAUAUUGGAGAUGCAAUGGUUUUCUGUCUUAAUAAUGCUGAAGCUGCUGAAGAAAUAGUGGAUUGCAUUACCGAGUCAUUGUCCAUCUUAAAGACACCCCUCCCCAAAAAGAUUGCCAGAUUAUAUUUGGUUUCUGAUGUUUUGUACAACUCUUCAGCCAAAGUUGCCAAUGCUUCCUAUUAUAGAAAAUUUUUUGAAACAAAGUUGUGUCAGAUAUUUUCAGACCUCAAUGCUACCUAUCGUACAAUUCAAGGCCAUUUACAGUCUGAAAACUUUAAGCAACGGGUAAUGACCUGCUUUAGAGCAUGGGAAGAUUGGGCAAUUUAUCCAGAACCAUUUUUGAUCAAACUACAAAAUAUUUUCUUAGGACUUGUAAAUAUUAUUGAAGAAAAGGAGACAGAGGAUGUACCAGAUGACCUUGAUGGUGCCCCCAUUGAGGAAGAGCUUGAUGGUGCACCUCUAGAAGAUGUGGAUGGAAUUCCUAUUGAUGCUACUCCCAUUGAUGACCUUGAUGGAGUCCCUAUAAAGAGCCUUGAUGAUGAUCUUGAUGGAGUGCCUUUGGAUGCGACUGAAGACUCAAAGAAGAAUGAGCCUAUAUUUAAGGUUGCCCCAUCAAAAUGGGAAGCUGUAGAUGAAUCCGAAUUGGAAGCACAGGCUGUAACAACUUCUAAAUGGGAGUUAUUUGACCAGCAUGAAGAAUCAGAAGAAGAAGAAAAUCAAAAUCAAGAAGAAGAAAGUGAAGAUGAAGAAGAUACUCAAAGUUCCAAAUCUGAAGAACAUCAUUUGUACUCUAAUCCAAUCAAAGAAGAAAUGACUGAGUCCAAGUUCUCUAAGUACUCUGAAAUGAGUGAGGAAAAACGGGCUAAACUCCGCGAAAUUGAGCUCAAAGUUAUGAAGUUUCAAGAUGAAUUGGAAUCUGGAAAAAGACCUAAAAAACCAGGCCAGAGCUUUCAGGAACAAGUAGAACACUACAGAGAUAAACUUCUUCAACGAGAGAAAGAGAAAGAAUUAGAAAGAGAACGAGAAAGAGAUAAGAAGGAUAAAGAAAAAUUGGAAUCUCGAUCCAAAGACAAGAAGGAAAAGGAUGAGUGUACUCCAACAAGGAAAGAAAGGAAAAGGCGACACAGUACGUCCCCUAGCCCAUCUCGCAGUAGCAGUGGUAGACGAGUGAAAUCCCCAUCACCAAAAUCGGAGCGAUCAGAGCGUUCAGAAAGAUCUCAUAAAGAGAGCUCACGGUCCAGGUCAUCUCACAAAGAUUCUCCUAGAGAUGUUAGCAAAAAGGCCAAAAGAUCUCCAUCUGGUUCAAGGACACCUAAAAGGUCUAGGCGAUCACGGUCUAGAUCCCCUAAAAAAUCAGGGAAGAAAUCCAGAUCCCAGUCCCGAUCUCCACACAGGUCUCAUAAAAAGUCAAAGAAAAACAAACACUGACAUAAAUUUUUAAGAUGCUGUCACUUAUUGGAAAUGCGAUUUUGUUUUGUGCCUGAACAGUCUGUUUUUUAAAAAAAAAACAAAAAAACAAAAAAUCUAAUGAAAGAGCAUUCCUGGGGUUUUUCUUUGUUUGUGAAUGCAUGUGUAAACUCAUAAGUAACUGCAUCUGUAGACCUGUCGUUGUUUUAUAUUGUAUAAAUUACUUUCAUUGUGGCUGUUUCUCAAGAUGAGAUUUUUAUUGUGCUAAUGAACUUCAUCAAAAAUGUGUAUAAUGGAUCUGCUGGCAGUAGUAAUAUUUUGUUUUAGGAUGUUGUGACUUAGCAAAAAAAUAAUACAGAUGUCUUCCCCCCUUUUGUAGCUUUGACAAUUUGAAUUAGAUUUCAAAUAAAAUCUGAACAGAAAACUAUAACGUUGUUUUUUUGCCCUAUCGAUGACAUCAAGUCCCUUAAAGUCCUACUUAAGUGAGUUUAGCACUUCUGCUGUGUUUCUUAUACCUAAUGCACUUUACAAGCUCCAUUGUUCAGGUAGCUAAAGUUUUAUAUUUACUAAGAUGACUGUCAAAAUUUAGGGACCUGAGACUCACAUUUGGUAGGUUUGCCAACCAGUUUCUUUGGUAAGGUUCCCUUAAGUAAUACUAGUACCCAGAGAUCAAAAGACUAGGCAAAUGUGGUGUAGUCUUUUGUUAAUGCAAUGCCUGGUUAGAAUAUUUUUUUCUUUUUUCAGAGAAGCAAUAUGGUUUCAAUACACUUAACCUGUGUCCUGAGCAACUACUUAUUUUCAGGGAAAAAUUAAAUUUCCAUCUUUCGAUUUCAUCUUCUCUCAUUAGAAAAGUUUACUUAAAAGUUUUCUAAUAAUAGUUGGCCAUAGAAUUUUUUUUUGAAGGUUACCCUUUUACAGCCCUCUGUAGGCUGUCUUUCAAACACUGGUAUCAGAAUAUUUCUACAAGGUUCAGUGUAAAGCACCUUUGUUGGGUUUUUUUGGUUUGUUUUUAAAGAAUUUAGUUUUAGGUUUAGCUUUAAGUAAAAUUUAGAAAUAAAAUAAUUUUCAGGAAACUUAACAUCCAGUGGUUUGUAAAUUAAAGGUGCAAAAAGUUGAUUUAAACCAUUUGCAGAGUUGAAAUCUGUAAAACAGUGGUAAUAAAUUGCAGUAUGAGGAAGAAAUAAGAAAAACUUGUGUCAUGUUGAAUAUAAUAUUACUAUAAUGUAAUAAAGGGUUAUGUAGACUUGAACUGACACUACUUCUAUUUGUGAAUCUUGCUUUCAGUUUUUCAUUUAGGCACUUUAUACAAUGGUUUGAUGUUUUUUUCCCCCUCUUAAUAGAGUAGAAAACUGUUCUAAUAAUGGAUUGUUUUGAGUUAGCUUGUUUUUUAAAAAUACCUUUUCAAGUUGUUUUACUUAGUCUUGCCUAGUCACAAAAUAAAAAAGCUGUACUCAUGAUUUGAGGAGUAGGAAUAUCAGCUGAGCAGUGAGGCAUGUUAUUGCCAAACUGGGCAGACCUACAGUAGCUGUAGAAAUGAGCCAAUCAGAUUAUUUUACUUAGUGGUUCUUAUCAACAUGCAAUAUUGCUUGAAAGUUAUUCCUUUAUCAUUCACUCUUUUGUUUGUCCGUAUUGUUAGGGUGUUAAUUACUAAAUGUUGCUCAGAAUAAUUAAACAUGAACAUUUGGUGCUGGUUUUUAAAAACCUACAAAUAUAGCCAUUUUUAAAGAGCAUGUUUUUCUCCCCUGUUCAUUGCCUGGGAGAAUGGAAUUUUAUAUAAUUACCUUUCUUUGCAGAAAUAACAAUGUUGAGUUGCUGGUGAUUGCGGGCACUCUGUCAUUCAUUGGUAUCUAGUAUAGGCUUAGAAAUGAUAAGUCAGGAAAUGAUUUUGCCAGUCAAGUUGCAAGGAGUACUACUUUUUCUCUCUUUAAAAAAAUAUCCUGGAGAAGCAGGAGUGUGUAGAAAUUGUUAGGUCAGUUUCGGGUGCUUAUAUUUAGUAUUUUUUCCACUGCAGUGGGACAUAGCAGUUCUUUUAACCUGCAUCCAGAUAUAACGAACAUCGUUUAUCUAUCUUAGAGUGGGUGAGACUGGCUUCCUUUUGCGUGAUGGGUGGGGAUUGUGUAGGCUUGGUAGAAUAUGUAUUCUGUGAAGUUUGCUAAUGUUCGUAUUAGAUUGUAUUGGAUUUUUUUCCCCUGGAAUUGCAAAUGGUAUUGUUAGAUAGGUUACUUCCAACUUAAUGAGAAAAUAUCCAGAGUAAAUGUGUUUAAUUCUCCAUGGAUUCUGUGAAAGCUUAACGGUCAGAAAUUGGUGAAUUGUAAGGGAGGAGAUAUUCUCUACCAUAUUUUUAUAAUAGCAUGUUAUUCCUGUUUCCUGUCUAAAGAACACUUAAUUAGAUAGCAAAACUUCUACAGGUUGACUAAAAUGUUUGUAGGUGUGGCCAUCCAGUUAUAGGAAAUACCCUGUUUCAGCUCUGUGAUAGACAGUUAUCCUCCACCACAGCUACAUGUAGGAGGAAAUCCCCUGUUGGCUACUCUUUUUAUAAAGGGCGUGGCUUAAACCCUUCACUCUCUAACAUGCACAGGGAUUCCUUACCAGGUUAAUACCACUUAAUCUCUCAUUCUUUGACAGGUGAGAGAAAGUAAAUCAUGUUUGUGAAUCUUUUCUUUGACUUUGUAUUUCCUUAUUACUGUUAAUAAGCUUAUGGGCACUUCUGGACUGCAACAUGUUGAGAAGUUACAGACUAAAGAACUAAAACAAAAAGCCCUGACCCAAAAGAUCACUUUUAUUUGGCUCAGAGUGUUCUUGGCAUUUCUGCUAAAGUUUGCAGAAAGUACUAUACACUGACCUAGUUUUUCUUUAUUGCAGACCAUUCCUGAGACUUUUAUCCCAAUUAAAGGAUCUUAGAGGGAGGAAAUACUUGCUUAUGACUUUCGCAUUUUUUCCCACAAACUUUAAUAUUCUUGAGCACUUGAAAAUAUUUUAAAGAAAUUCUAAUCGUGAGCUAAUAUAGUUUAUUAGAAAUAUUCUGCUCAUAUUUGCCUCCAUUGUGGUAUAAAUUCUGAAAAAAUUACAUGGACAUGAUAAUAGUAUAUGAUUAUUAAAAAUGAGAUGAAAUAUUGUCCAAGUGGCUUAACCUGUUCUGAUGACCACAACAGUGUGAUUUCUUUAGCAGAGAAAGUUGUUUUUAAAAAUAAAUAGUACCACUUUUCUAAGAAAAUAAGAGCUUCUUUUUGCUUUGUUGUUUUCCUCUUCUAUUACAUAUUAAUGGAAAAGCUAUAGAAAAUUCAGUGCAGGUACUAAUGAAGACACUAGUGUAAGUUUAAAGGAACAUAUGACUGUAAAAACUCAUGAAGUGCUUGGUUCUUCAUAUUCCACAUGCAUGUUUUAGAAUAGAUUUUAGGGAGUAUUUAAUUCAUUUUCCUUUUGGCAUUUUUCUUUAUUUUGUUAUCAACUUCCCAGGACUUAGAUGAUACACAAAUACAGAUCCCAGGGGAUGUGUUGUGAUGCUGGACUAAAAGGUGGGAAUGCGCUGCUGUCCAGAGUGAGCCAUGUUCCAGUGUUGAAAAUUCAAUGCCUCAGUGUUUAUUCAGUACCACCUCAUGGAGCGUCAGUGUACACGGAUUAUAUGUAUAAUUGGUUAUUUAUAUAGUUUUGUAGAUCUGUAGAUAAAUGCCCUCGUUCAUUUUUAUAUGUAAUUGUGCUUGGAGUAUUUUUGUGUUUUAUUCUUUGACUUCAACAGGGUCUUGUACGUUAUAUCUUUGGUGAUUUGAAAUAUCAGGAAAGACAAAUUUUCAGAAAUGAGAAUAAUACAGUUGAAAUCAGCUUAGCUGAAAUAUUCUAUAGCAAGACAAUUUCUUUUGGGUGAACUGAUUCCAUAAUUAAUUACUCUUGAUGUAAGGAUUCAGUUUAUUGUGGAGUUGCUUUCCAGACUGUCACUUUAUAGUUUUUCUACAUAAAGAUUAUAUAGUUGCAAACAAAGGUUGUGGAAUUUCCUUUUUGUUGUUGUUUUUUGACUUUUAAUUACUUUAAUAAAAUACGUUGUUUUCAUAGCAAA